CCAUUCUUAACUAGAUUUCUUGGAUUGUUUAAAGUCAAAUAGAUUUCAUCUUUGAAAAUUGUGAUCGCUGUCAAUUUGUUUGGUUUUUUCAACUAUGUACUAUGCUUACCGAGCUUUUUGUCCCUCAAGGCGAGUCUGUUGUGGUAACUUUUGUAGCAGUUCUGAACAAAACGCACAACUCAUACAGGCACUCUUGAACCACUCAAGAAGUGCGGCUGCAGCUCUAGAAAGAGCGAAGAGGUUACUGAAAUAUGAUAAUAUGCACAAGAGAUUGGACCAAAUGGAAACAGAACUGAAGAGUUUUGAAGCAACAGAAACGAAUUUGAAGAGUCGAAUCAAGCUAUCACGAGAAUAUGCUCAGCUAUCGAAGAAACUGGAAUCCAUAGACUCCUGUUCAAAGGAUCUCGAAGAUUACCAUAACCUCGGUCUCAUAAUGGAGCAAGAAAAGGACUCGUCGGGUCUAAAGGAAAUCUUAGAGGAAAUGUUGUCAUUGAAAAGUCGUGCAGAAGACAUUGAGCGACAGGCGAUCGUUGGAGAAGACGGAGUUCACAAAGGUGCGUACUUGGAGUUGCAUUCAGGAGCAGGAGGAGUUGAAAGUAUGGACUGGUGUUCUAUACUAUUUCGAAUGUAUACCCGCUGGGCGGAACAGCACUCAUAUAUUGUGGAUAUUGUUGAUGAGAAUAAAGGAGAGGUGGCGGGUAUUCGUUCAGGAAUGUUGAAGAUUGACGGCGGUGAUGGAUGUGCUUUUGGUUGGUUGAGAAAAGAAGCAGGCGUUCAUAGACUGGUUCGCAUUUCGCCAUUUGAUUCUGGAGGUCGUAGACAUACUUCUUUUGUUGCAGUUUCUGUCAUUCCUGAUGUUGGUGAAGAUGUGAAGGAGAAUCUGAUAGAACCGGGCUCGCUGAAGAUCGACACAUUUCGCGCUUCUGGUUCUGGAGGUCAACAUGUCAAUAAAACCGAAAGUGCGAUUCGCAUUGUUCAUAUUCCAACGGGCAUUACAGUCCAGUGCCAGUCAGAGCGUUCGCAGUAUCAAAAUAAACUAACUGCUUUAAAGGUGUUAGAGUCAAAGCUACAGUACCUAGAGCAGUUGAAAAGAGAAGAAGAAAUUAAUAAUAUAUCGGAGCGUUCAAAGGAUGCACAGUUUGGAAAUCAAAUUCGAUCGUACGUUAUGGCACCUUAUCAGUUAGUGAAAGAUAUGCGUACAGGCUUUGAACAUCGAAAUCCUGAAAAAGUAUUGAAUGGAGAAGCGUUAGAUGACUUUUUAGUGUCCUGUCUUUCAUGGGAAAAGCAACUCAAAGAAGAAAACGAAUGAUUGAAUCGUUAGAUUUAACACGACUCUAGAAAUAUUACAAAUGUUUCUUAUUUAGGUUUGUAUAUUUCUCGACUUAUUUUCUAGGCGUUAUAAGACUUUCAAAAUUAAAGAAUUCAUUUCAGAUAUUUCUUGUAGGAAUUUGCCGGUUCAAGACGAGUCCUAUUUAUUAAUUGUUAUUCACACCAUAAACAGCUCGAAUAAGAA